UUCUAUCAAUGGCCUUAUUAAAGUCCUCGUCUUCUUGUUUCACCCCUCCUGGCACAAGCCGUGGUUCUGCUUCUGUCCCUCUCUUUCUCUCGGCUAGAUUGCUUUUGGUUGUGUGGAAGCUUAGAUCAAGCUGCGAUCAUGGAGAUCACUAACGUUUCGGAGUAUGAGACCGUUGCCAAGGAGAAGUUGCCGAAGAUGGUUUUUGACUACUAUGCUAAUGGUGCGGAUGAUCAAUGGACUCUCAAAGAGAAUAGGGAAGCAUUUUCCAGAAUACUGUUUCGUCCUCGUGUACUUGUUGAUGUCUCGAGGAUUGAUUUAACUACCACUGUUCUAGGCUACAAGAUCAAUAUGCCCAUCAUGCUUGCUCCAUCUGCCAUGCAUAAAAUGGCUCACCCAGAAGGAGAGAAUGGUACAGCUAGAGCAGCAUCAGCAGCUGGCACUAUUAUGACAUUAUCAACCCUGGCUACUUCGAGUUGUGAAGAAGUUUCCUCAACCGGACCAGGAAUUCGCUUUUUCCAGCUUUAUGUUUUAAAAGACCGGAAUGUAGUUGCACAACUCGUUAGAAGAGCUGAGAUGGCUAAUUUCAAAGCAUUAGUCCUCACAGCUGAUGCACCUGUACUUGGUCACAGGGAAGCUGAUGUGAAGAACAGGUUUGUUUUGCCUCCAUCUCUGAUCUUCAAGAACUUUGAGGGCUUAGACCUUGGCACAAUGGAGAAAACUAAUGAUUCUGGGAUUGCUUCUUAUUUUGCAAAUCAAAUUGAUCGAUCUUUGAGCUGGAAGGAUAUCAAGUGGUUGCAGACAAUCACUUCCCUACCAAUUCUUGUUAAAGGAGUUCUAACUCCUGAAGAUGCAAGGCUUGCCAUCCAAAAUGGAGCAGCUGGCAUCAUCGUGUCGAACCAUGGUGCUCGCCAGCUUGAUUAUGUUCCAGCAACUGUCACUGUCCUCGAAGAAGUUGUUAAGACUGCAGAAGGCCGAGUUCCUGUGUUUUUGGACAGCGGAAUUCGCCGUGGAACUGAUGUCUUCAAAGCAUUAGCUCUUGGAGCCUCUGGUGUUUUUGUUGGAAGGCCUGUGGUGUUCUCAUUGGCAGUGGAUGGAGAAGCUGGAGUAAGAAGGAUGCUGCAGAUGCUUAGAGAUGAGUUUGAGCUAUCCAUGGCUUUAAGUGGCUGCACAUCUCUCAAGGAGAUUACUCGCAAUCUUAUCAUCACACGAUCCGACAUGGAUCACGCGGUUUCCAGGUUGUAAAAUUUAAAAUUUACUGCAUUUUAUUGUGCUUCCAUGUGAAAUAAUUGACUUUUGUUAAAAAUAUCAUUGUGACAGUUACUAGUGAUUCAAUAAUUUAAAU